GAGAAGGAAGUGGAUCUGAGCGAUAUCAUCAAUACCCCUCUGCCCCGGGUGCCUCUGGAUGUCUGCCUCAAAGCACAUUGGCUGAGCAUUGAAGGCUGCCAGCCAGCUAUACCGGAAAAUCCACCCCCAGCACCCAAAGAGCAGCAGAAGGCUGAGGCCACAGAACCCCUGAAGUCGGCAAAGCCAGGCCAAGAAGAAGAUGGACCCCUACAAGGCAGAGGUCAAGGGGCAGCUGCAGCUGAUGGCAAAGGAAAAGAAAAGCGAGCACGUCCUUUGCUGGAGGGAGCCCCUUUCCCCCUGAAGCCCCACAGCAUCCAUGAGCUGUCUGUGGAACAGCAGCUCUAUUACAAAGAGAUCACAGAAGCCUGUGUAGGAUCCUGUGAGGCCAAGAGAGCAGAAGCUCUGCAGAGCAUUGCCACCGACCCGGGGCUCUAUCAGAUGCUACCACGGUUCAGUAUCUUCAUCUCUGAGGGGGUCCGUGUAAACGUGGUUCAGAAUAACCUGGCCUUGCUCAUCUAUCUGAUGCGCAUGGUGAAGGCCCUGAUGGACAACCCCACGCUGUAUCUAGAGAAAUACAUACAUGAGCUGAUUCCAGCAGUCAUGACCUGCAUUGUGAGCAGACAGCUGUGUCUGCGGCCAGAUGUGGACAAUCACUGGGCACUCCGGGAUUUUGCCGCCCGUCUAGUGGCCCAGAUCUGUAAGCAUUUCAGCGCGACCACCAACAACAUCCAGUCCCGGAUCACCAAGACCUUUAGUAAGAGCUGGGUAGAUGAGAAGACUCCGUGGACAACUCGAUACGGCUCCAUUGCAGGCCUGGCAGAGCUGGGACAUGAUGUGAUUGAGAAGCUGAUUCUGCCAAGGCUGCUGCAGGAAGAACGGAUCCGCAGUGUCCUGGAUGGGCCUGUGCUGAGCAACAUUGACCGUAUCGCAGCAGACCGUGUGCAGAGCCUUCUCCUGAAACACU